AUGGUUCCAGAGUUCCCACCUAAGAUCAUAGUGUUGUAUUUAGAUGGAACUGCAGUAAAAGAAUUGUCUACAUCGAUUAGGAAAGUAUCAUCUCUGAUAAGAUUAAGUCUUAGAAAUUGUUCAAGGCUUGAAAGUCUUCCAAGCAGCCUUUGUAUUUUGACGUCUCUUCGACAACUUGAUCUCUCUGGUUCGUCAAAUCUAAAGAUGGUUCCAGAGUUCCCACCUGAGAUCUUAGAGUUGUUUUUAGAUGGAACUGCAGUAAAAGAAUUGUCUUCAUCGAUUGGUAAAGUAUCAUCUCUGAUAAGAUUACGUCUUAGAAAUUGUUCAAGGCUUGAAAGUCUUCCAAACAGCCUUUGUAAUUUGACAUCUCUUCGAGAGCUUGAUCUCUCUGGUUUGUCAAAUCUAAAGAUGGUUCCAGAGUUCCCACCUGAGAUCUUAGAGUUGUAUUUAGAUGGACUUGCAGUAAAAGAAUUGUCUUCAUCGAUUGGGAAAGUAUCAUCUCUGAUAAUAUUAAGUCUUAGAAAUUGUUCAAGCCUUGAAAGUCUUCCAAGCAACCUUUGUAAUUUGACAUCU